AUGCCCUCGAGCGGCCCACGGUGGAGCCUCUAUCCGCUGCUCGCCGUCGUCGCUUUCGUGAGUUUUUAUCAUUAAUUUAGAUACAAAGUACUUAAAGAUCAUCUUUUAAAGCUUAAAAAAAUUGGUUUCGCAGACGUUUUUAUGAGAACCUACUGCUUCAGGUUUUUUUGAAUCGGUAUAAAAAAGAAAAUUUAAAUUUCGAUUAUCAUCUAGAAUUUUCUGUUUUAGCACUUCUAUUACUACUUUGCUCUGUUUUUCAUAAUUGCAUGAUUUUUAUGAUGAGAUAAAAAAAUGAAAAAUGAAAAAUACUGGAAAAAAAAUUAAACAAAUAAGAGAAAAAAAAUUCAAGAAAUGAACAGCUCCGCCAAUGAAGCUUUAAAAAAAACCGUAGAAAAAUUUUUUAACAACAGAAAGUUGUUUGAACUCAUUACAGAUAGCAGAGAAAAAUUAUUGAAAUUCGCAUUCAAAACUCAAAAAUUUUUUUCUGAAAAAAAUCUUCUUAUUUUACUGGAUUUUUUUCAUUAUAAUCAUUUUCGACUUUAUUUAAAACUGUAUUUCACUAAAUAAACGUACUUCAGUCAUACUGCAACUUGUUUUAAAGCAUGUCGCACAACUCAAUUUUUUCGUAAACUCUCCAGAGUCAUUUACUUUAAAAAAAAAAGCUCACUUUCUCAAUUCAAAAUUUGCGAAAAACACCAAAAAAAAGCAAAUCGCUUCCAAAAAAUAAGAAAAAGGCAAGACACACAAACAAAGAUGCCGAGAAGCGGUGAUUGUGGAGUGAGGAAACUAAGCCGGAAAGUGUGAAUACUCAUCUUUGCCUCAAAUAAAUGCGCAUAUUCAGUUCGAGUUCGGGUUCGGCGUCGUGCAUGCCGGCUUCUGCUCUCCCUUCUUCUUCCUACUUCUGCCUGUGCUCAACGCGUCAUUGGGCCUCGUCACCGCCUUUCACGCUAUUUUCCUACGAUAUCCUAACAGGUGACAAUUUUUUGCAUUUUUUGUGCGUUUUCAUGCAAUUCCCACUCUCUGAAAAAUCCGAAUUGUAGUAUAAGGAAGGUAAAAUUUUGUCAAAAACGCAAGAGCUAAGCUUCUAAUUUUAAUUAUGAAACGCCAUGCGAUAAUUCUUAAACCCCUGCUUCUUUUACAGAUGCGACUUUUAUCUGCAAUUGAGUUGCACCCUCCUUGGCUUCAUUUUUACCGCCUCCUCUUUGUUGGAGUCCUACUGCAUCGGCGACUUUAAAUGUAACUAACCUCUCUGAAAUCAUUGCAAAUCAAUCAGAUUCUGGAGAGAGCAUGAAAGAGGGCGUCUGCCACGGAAUGAAGUACCGUACCAUCGGAAUCGUCGGCUCUUGCAACGAUUUUCUCGGCAACCUGCAAUUAUCAAUCAUUGCCAAGUUCGGUGGUGACGAUAAGGUUGAUAAAUUCUAAGGAAUUCCCCAAAAAGAAGCGUAAUUCAAAAAUUAAAGAAAUUAGAAUUUUGAAGAUUAAAAAAAUAGUCUCUAGAAAAAGUUUUUUUCAAAUAUCUAGGUAAUAGAUUUUUUUCGCAGAAAGAAAAAAAUAUAAAAAAAUUUAAAAUUACUUGAAUAUUGGAAAACCUUUAAGUAGUUAUUAACUCGUUGAUUUGCACAUAAAUAUAUAUUUAAAUACAUAUUUUUUUGCGCAAAAAAACGAUUUGGAAAAAAAUUAUAAAAAAACAAACGUAAGAAGUUUUGAUUUAGUCACCAAAAUAAUUUUCGCCUGCAAAGUGAAUUUCAAACAAAGACUCCCUGAAUUAGAAAACGAAAACAUACAAUUUAUAAUAAAAAUAAUCAAAAAACGUAUUUUAAUUUAAGAUUUGCGCGUCGUUUUUAUUGCAUUGAGUUCAUUGCGUACAAAACACGAAGGUUGCUGUGGGCGGGGCAAUUCACUCUCUUUUAAAACAAAAACGAAAAAAUUGCAAAAAAAUUGCAAAAACAGUGAAAUAUUCAUCGAUUAAGGCUAGAGAAUCAGUUCGGUUCUACACCUCAGUGACUCUCUCAGUUCUAUCGGCGCUUCAUCUCGCGAUUUGUACUCUCCUCACCUUCUACAGCGCCGUGGAGACAAAGUGAGGUUGUCAUCUCCACUUUAACUAUCAAAGUUUUCAGGAUCCGACUGUACGCCUACCACUAUCAAAUCGUCACUGGCCUUCUCAUCAUGUUUUUCUCGCUUUUCCAUAUGAGGUAUAUCUUUAGUUAAAAUUCGUUGUAGACCAGCCACUUUCACAGAUUUUGCUGCACAUUUUUCUUCUUGCACAUCCCCUUAGCAAUAGGCCUAUUCUCAAUAGUGCAAGGUAUUUGUGUGGAAGUUAGAAAAAUUGGAGCAAGAAAAAGUUCAGGAGGAAUUUCGUGGCGGAACAAGAACCACGGUCCGACUUCGAGGUCCUUCAACGUCAUCGGAGCUGCCAUGGCGCUUAUUUUGAACGCCACCACAGUCUUCGGAAUCUACUGUUGGUCGCACAGGUCGAAUUCAAUUCUAUUCAUUUUUGUUACAUUCGAAAUAACGAUUAAUUGAUUUAAAAAUGACUUCUUGAAAACUGAUCCACUCGGAACAAGCUCACUUCCACUUCAGUCCAGCCAACGUUCUCAAAAAAUUUAUCGGCCAAUCUACCAUAAAACGAGUUUCCAUCAGUUUCUAGUAAUGUCUAUCAGACUGAGAAUCAAGUAAUGGGAAAUCGUUACGUAUUUUCUUAAAAAUGCAAGUGAACUCGUUAGGGUUCACACUGAUCAGUCAAUUAAUAUUUAACUUAUUUUUGGUGCAGAAGUUUUCAACGCCUCAUAAAUCUUUUCGCUGUGGUCCCGUCCCUCAAAAUUUUUCAGUUUAUGUAAACUUUUAAUCUUUUUGAAUACGAUGAAAACCUUUUUCGUCAAAAAAAAACCAACUUUUGUUAUCAAAAUCUUCAAUUUGAUUGAUUUACCAGCCUAAUCGCUCUCUGAAAGUCUUUUUAGUUCAAAACUUGCAGGAACGAUGUGCCGACGAUGCUGACCCGGCACUGUCACUGGCAGCAGCCGCGGGAGGACUACUGUCUGCGCGUCGUCCAUUUCACACAUCCCUACAUCGACUGGCUGCCCCAAGACACGGAACGCGAGAUCGCCGCCAUACAGGUGAGUCAAAGACGCAAUUUAAGAAAAACAAUUUGACUAUUUUUCAUUUGAAACAGUUUUCACAACUUCGUUCGAAGAAAAAAUAAUGACAUUUUUGCGUGGGACUUCCUAUGAAUUCAGUUUCAAUGGUUCCAGAUCACAGUAUACAUCUUUCUAUUCCUGCUAACGGUGCUGCAGUUCGCCUUUUCGAUGAAAUCUGCCUUCUCGACCAAGAACAUUUACUUAUACUAUUGA